CGAAUGCUUUCUAGUUUUUCUUAAGCUGAAAUUAAUUAAUCUCUUCGCAUUGUCGAUAACUUCUGUCGUUUCUUAGGUUUUCACGCACAUCACUCAUUAAAUAUAACUAGUUUUCAACGGGUUAAUGCACGAAACUUUAUUAUUUAUUGACGUUUCACAGCCUUUUCAGGUCUUCAGAAUACUGUUUUUUUAAAAUAUAAAAUCAGUUAUAGUAAUAGUUUUAUUUACAUAGUACUUAAAUUAUAGAUCAUUGAAAGUAGCCGAGUGGCUGAUGACGUGUAACGUGUUCUCAUGUUUCUGAGCUCGAUCCUGCUUGGCAACAUGACGCCACAUGUCGAGGCGCAGGACUGCAGUUGGGAUGCGGCGCUGAUCCCGGCCUUCUAUAGCGGCAGGGAGCUGCUCAUCACUGGAGCCACUGGAUUCAUUGGCCAAGCGCUGACUGAGCGACUGCUGUCCACGUGUCCUGGCAUCCACCGCUUGCACCUCCUGGUGAAGGCCAAGAAGGGAGACUCUGGGGAGACGAGGCUCAGUAAAUUUAAGGAGGGUUCGGUAUUUGAUGUCCUCCGUGAAAACAACCCGAAGCAGCUUGAAAAGCUUAACCUCAUUCCCGGGGACAUGACCAGAACUGAUCUCGGACUCAACGAGAAAUCCAUUGCAGACCUGCAGAAUGUGUCAGUGGUGUUCCACCUGGCAGCGUCGGUGAAGAUGGACGAAGAGCUGGAGGUAGCGGUGAAGGUGAACACGCUGGCGGCCAUGUGCCUAUUGGACAUCUGCGACCGGCUGCCCAAGAUGGCGGCGUUCAUUCACGUGUCGACCGCGUACUGUCACGCGGAGCGCGCACUCAUAGAGGAGACGGUAUACCCGCUGCCGAUCGAUCUGGAUACUGUGAUACAAGAGUCACUACACGGGGGACGCCGGACAAAGGACGAGCUUAAGAGGUUCAUUUCGCCGAAGCCUAACACGUACACCUUCACGAAGACUUUGGCGGAGACUGUGAUGAAAAUGCACGGGAACCGAGGGUACCCCGUCGCCAUCUUCAGGCCUACAAUAGUGAUGUCAUCGCUGCGUGCGCCGCGCGCGGGCUGGGUGUGGGGGGCGCGCGGCCCGGGCGGGGUGGCGCUGGCGGUGUCGCGCGGGGUGCAGCGCGUGAUGGCGUGUGACCCGACCGCACGGGCGGACCUGCUGCCUGUCGACAUAGCCGCUGAUACGCUCGUCGCUAUCGCCUGGGAGACAGCGCUAGACAACCUUCCCGAUGUCCGGGUGUACAAUUGCAGCAUGGGCGAGAACUCCACCACCUUCGGCGAGUUGUUCCAGUGCACCAUGCAAGAAAUUAGGGAGAAUCCCUGUUCGAACACCAUGUGUUAUCCGUCUGCUGUACUGGUGGCGAACCCAUACCUGCUGAAGAUUGCAGAAUUCGUUUUAGAAACAGUACCGUUGCACAUCGCUGAUUUCAUACUGAAAAUCUUCGGCAAGGGGGACAAACGGAUGGACCUAAAAGCAGUCAGCCAGCGGCUGGUGAAUAUGCGCGAGGUCCUGUUUCCCUUCACAACGCGCGAGUACUGGUUCACCACACACAACGUGCGCAACCUGCGCGCGCGACUCUCACCCAGCGAUGCAGCCAUCUACAACACCGAUCCUGCUUCUAUCAGUUGGAAGCAAUAUUACAAGGACUUCACGAGAGGCGUCAAGUUACACUUGAACAAGGACAAAGAGGCUGGCUCGCCUGCAGCAAGGAAACAAUUUGACAAAUUGUUCUACAUCCACAAGGCGGUGUCGCUUUUCCUCCUGCUGUUACUGGCUUGGUUAACACGAGGAGUGUUGCUGCGUGUGGCGACAGCUAUCGCUGACAGUUUACCGGGACAAAUCGGGAGGAUCGCCACCGAUGCAGUGCUGUACCUCGAAACCUUCUAGCUACAUUUAUAUUACGGUUCAAACUGCUGUAGCUGUUGAGGUAGCGCAAGUAGUGGUGUGCUAAGCGACAGAACCUCAGGACCAAAUGCGAUAUUUUAUGUAUGAAGGCUAUCUUAAUUCAAUGCCUUUUUGAUACUAUUUGAUACCCACAUUAAAUUAAAAUGUGAAACGAAAUUUAGAUGCGCACGGAGCCAUAGAUGUUAGUAUGGUCUGAGCGUUCCCUAAGUGUCAAGAAUAUUGGGCAUAUAAGUGUGAAAGGAACUAAGCGAUCGUGCGGUCAAUAGUUUAUGAAGACAUUGGCUGUAGCGUCGCUUUCUUCUCCUCUCUUUAUAGACUGCUAAAUUUCAUGAGAGUGUCGUUCAGUCCAUUCUCCUUUUCUUUGGGGUUUCACUGACUACCUGCGCGGAGUUUCGCUCGUUGCUAACUUUAAAAUCUAAAUAAUAGUAGGGGAGCAUCUUCUUGAAGUUCUCCCACCGGCAUGGUGCAAGGUUUCCUCUCUUAUGUUCUUCCGAGCUCGAGUAAAUCCCAAAAGCUCCGCUUGGGCUCCCUUAUGUUAUUCUUGCUAUAUGUUUAUAAAUCGUAAAGUCGGCUUGGGCUCCAGUGUGUUAUUCUGCCGCGCUCGAGUGAAUAAGGGGUAUGUUUUUCUGGUUAUGCUUAUGGUGGGAGUAUUCACAAGGUGCAAGGUUUCCCCCCAAAAAAAAAACCUAACGCCCUGAACAGGGCCACUAAAAACCAGAAAAUACUCCUGCACCGUUGCCGACUGUCCGCGCACCCGCAAGGUGAUUGUUCGCGAACGGACCCACCCCGAUGAAGGUGCCCCGGAGUAUCAGGGGCACCAGCAUCAAGAGAGCUUGUGCAAUGCAGGCCGGUCCCCCCCCUCCAGGGCAGAUCCGCGGCUCUCACAGGAGUGGGAGGGAGAGCGUAGUUCUCUCCGUCCCUCUCCAUCCACCUUGGGCCUUUUGAGCAUCUACCACCACUAAUCUCAGACUCACUGUGGGGUAAUGCUUCUACCCUGGUCCUGAAAAGGACCGUUGAAAGUUUCCCCCCUUAUGUUAUUCUGCCGCGCUCGAGUAAAUCCCCGAAUGUCAGCUUGGCUAUCUAAAAAGUUGAGUUACAGCCGACGCCCACCACCUUGAAACCCAGUCCAGCUGACUUCAUUGCAGCAUGAUUUUGAGUUUUGAUGUGAGAAUGGUUAUAAAUUACCAGGGGUUAAGUAAUGUAUUGUAACUAUUACUCCCUUCAAUAUCCCGCUUACCUGACAUAUAGGAAAUGGAUUAGCUUCAUUACACUCGCUCUAGCUCUGAAAUGGUGGGAAAAGAGUAAAGUUUCACUAUUAUUAGCCCUCAUCCCCUCGAAGUAAUGUUUGUUACGCAAGCAACUGUAGUUUGCAAUGAUUUAGUGUAAUUUUAUAUCAUGCUAAAAAAACUUCAUUAUUAUUUGAGCAACUUUUUAUAUUUUUUAUUGCUAUUGGUCUCGGAUUCCAUGUAAUAACUAUUGUAUUAUGUUCAGGGCUUGUUUACCGGUUAAUUUUCAAACCUAAAUCAGUGUUAAGUACAUUAGGAGCGUUUUAUUUAGGUUUGGCUCUACCUGAACCUUGAAAAAACCGGUUUUCCUAAACAGCGAAAUCAAGUAGGUUUUGAAUCAAUUUAGCGGUUUUUAAAGGGUUUCAUUUCGCUCUUACUGACGGCUGAAAUAUAUACACAACUUCAAAAUGUAUAACUUGACUCACUCGACACUAGCAAACGUGUCAAUAAACGCAUCAAUCUCUGAGCAUUAAAAAGUUGUGACUUGAUUAGUUCAAACAAAACAAACUUCAAGCGAUGCUGACGCGUGCACGUGUCGCUUUGGAUUAAACCGGUUUAUUAAGGUUUUAGGUACCGCUUUUAUUUCGGACGCGCUCCGAACGAAACCUUUACUAAAAACCGGUAUUAACCUUUAUUUACCGGUAUUGUAGAAACCGGUUUCAAACCCUGAUUGUGGUCAUGCCUAAGCAUGAACUUUUGACAGCUAUGGAUAUAAAAAGCUAGUUUGUUCUUAUGUCCGCUGCUUAGUUUUCAUAGAAACUUUGACGAUGCGAUACGUUAAAGAACUGUCAAAAAUCUAUUCGUGCUUGGGCUUCUGUUUAUUGUUUAUUGUAAUGGUGCAAUUACACUAAGUCGAGUGAAUAAAUGAACGAGUCGAGUACGCUCGGUAUUCGGGUAUUUUCGUUUCGAUUACCCGACACCGUCUUCCAGCCCGUAUUUCAGUGUAAAUAUUGCUUCCGGUGCCCGAAGUCGGGUAAUGUCUUUCGUGCACCAAUACAGGCUAAAGAUCAAGUGUAAUUGAGCCAUAACUCUUGUAUUUUUAAUAAGCAAUCUAAGGUGUUUCGCAAUGUAUUGUGAAUUUUGGAAUUGGCAAAUGUAAGCGAGUUGAUAACGGUUUUAAUGUUAAAAUAUUAUAUUGUUAUUGAUUAUAAUAAAUA